AAGUGUAGCGCUCCUUCAGCACAUAAGAGUUCAUAACUAUGUUCAGUUUAAUGGCGUAAUGGCGCUUUAAUUAUUAUUAUUAUUAUUAUUAUUAUUAUUAUUAUUAUUAUUAUUAUUAUUAUUAUUAUUAUUAUUACACUUCCGGGUGUGAGUAGGGUGUUAUUUUGAAAUCUGCACUUCCGGUGUGCUGUAGCUGUAAACAAUGCUGAGGAUGGACUCUAACGAGGACGUGUCGUUAUUCGACGCUGAAGAGGAGUCUCCGAAAAAUUCACGAAAAUCAAAAAUCAAACACCCCGUGGCUUCGUUCUUCCACCUGUUUUUCCGUGUCGGAGCGAUCCUUCUCUACCUCGCGUGUGAGUCACUGAGCAGCAGCUUCAUCGCCUGUAUGGUCUCCGUCAUCCUCCUCCUGUCAUGUGACUUCUGGACCGUUAAAAACAUCACAGGUCGGUUGUUGGUGGGUCUGCGCUGGUGGAACCAGGUGGAUGAAGACGGGAACAGUCACUGGGUGUUUGAGUCUAGAAAGGUGAGUGGGAGUGAGCGCUCAGCGUCUGUGGCGUCUGAUGCAGAAGCUCGGAUCUUCUGGCUCGGUCUGAUCAUCUGCCCUGUGCUGUGGAUCAUCUUCACCUUCAGCACACUCUUCUCCUUCAGGAUCAAAUGGCUGGCGGUGGUGUUAAUGGGCGUGGUUCUGCAGUCUGCUAAUCUCUAUGGUUACGUUCGGUGUAAAGUGGGAACCAGCAGCAAUCUGAAGAACAUGGCUACCAACUACCUGGGACAGCAGUUCCUCAGACAGGCUGUGAGUAAACAGGACGCAUCAUGAAGCAGAGCUGCAGGAAAACUCUCACUGUGUGUGUGGAAGAUUCCUGAAAAAUUCCCAAAUAAUUCCCUUUUCCUGGAGUUUUGUUUACAGAAGGACUUUAGUGAAGCUGAUAGAUCUGUGUUACUGCGCCGUAGUGUUUCGCACACACACACACACACACACACACACACACACACACACACUUGCACACACACACUCGCACACACACACACUCACACACACACCUGUCAUUACAUUUACAUUUAUUCACUGAAAUCUUAUUAUAUGAAAUCUUAUAAGUGUUUUUUUUUUUUUUUGGGAAAUGUAUUUAUUUUACUUUUAAUCAAGAGCAACAAGUCAGUCGUUUAUUUUUGUUUUAUUUAUUUAUGUCUUUACUAUUAUUCUAAAAUGUGUCAAAAAUAUAAAAAUAAAAUAAUAGCCUGAUAAUAUAUAUUCUGUGUCCCGACU